AGCAACCUAUCCAAUCACUCCGUUUUUGGUAUUCAUUCAUUCUUCAAUGGCGACUAGUUUAAUCCGACGAGCGAUUUCUAGGGUUCAGUCAUCAGCACCGGCGGCGAGGCUACUCGUCGCCAGAGCUCACGCUUCCGACUCCCAAGCACAGAAGGUAGAAUCUAAGCCUAAUCUCAAAUCAUUUCAAAUUUACCGAUGGACUCCAGACAACCCAGGGAAACCUGAGCUCAAAGAAUACAAAAUCGAUCUGAAGGAAUGCGGACCUAUGGUUUUAGAUGCGCUAAUCAAAAUCAAGAAUGAAAUUGACCCUACACUUACCUUCAGGAGAUCCUGUAGAGAAGGGAUCUGUGGUUCAUGUGCUAUGAACAUCGACGGAUGUAAUGGACUCGCUUGUUUGACCAAGAUCUCGUCGGAUUCUGAAUCGACGAUUACGCCGUUGCCACAUAUGUUUGUCAUUAAGGAUCUGGUGGUGGAUAUGACUAAUUUCUAUAAUCAGUACAAGUCUAUUGAGCCUUGGCUUAAGAGGAAGACACCUGCACCAACGCCUGGGAAGGAGAUACCACAGAGCAAGAGCGAUAGGGCUAAGUUGGAUGGGAUGUACGAAUGUAUUCUAUGUGCUUGCUGUAGCACAUCAUGUCCUAGCUACUGGUGGAAUCCUGAGUCUUAUCUUGGUCCCGCUGCACUCCUCCAUGCCAACCGAUGGAUCAUGGAUAGCCGUGAUGAAUAUACUCAGGAGCGCCUGGAUGCAGUUAAUGACGAAUUCAAGCUUUAUCGCUGCCAUACUAUUCUGAAUUGUUCUCGUGCUUGCCCAAAGGGAUUAAAUCCCGGGAAGCAUAUUCAGAACAUCAAGAAGCUGGAGAUGGCACCUUGAGCCUGCAGUGUAGUGUGUUCCAAUCUUUUCUGCUAAGAUUGAUUUUGAAGGACUAGUAGGAGGUUGUGUCCCAAAAUAAUGUAUGCACAGAUUGUAAUUUACUCUCUGAGAUCUUUUUAAUACUUGAAUUUGAGAUGAAAGGUGCAUCUCUCUGAAAUAUAAUACAGUAUCAAUUUCAAGUACAUUGCUCCAUAAUGCCAUUAAGGCAGUUUGUGUUUCCUCAUAAGUUUUUUUAGCUAAUGUGUGUUAUUUGAAGGAGUGAUUAUUUGUUAUUCCCUUUGUAUGUUGCUUCUCAGCAACAUACAGAUCUGUGUGGUGUUUAAUGAUACUCGAGUUUCUUUGAGUCAA